AUGUCUCAUACAAACAAACAACAACAAAUGUUUUCACUUGCCAUUUGCCUUUUUCCGACACCAUCACCAACCAACCAUUCACCACCAUCAUCCUACCACCAAUCAUCCACAUCCAUUAUUACCACUGUUCCAUUCCGUUCUACUACUGAAGUAUUAUCCAAUAUAGGAUUAGAGUCCUUACCCACUGAGUUAGAAAGGAAUUUCAAGUUAAUGCGAAAACUUGAUGAUCGUGCCCAGACGGCAAUGAAAAGUAUCGACCAUCAUGCCAAGGAAUUUAUGCGCAAAUUGGCCGAUGGCUCCGCGCAGAUGACUGAAGAGGAGCGUAAAGAACGAUUGGCCGAUAUCCAACAGUUGUUUGUCAAGGCCAAGGAAUACAGUGAUGAUAAGGUGCAAUUGGCCAUACAAACCUAUGAAUUGGUGGAUAAGCAAAUUCGGCGCUUGGAUAAUGAUUUGGCCCGCUUUGAGGGGGAAAUACAAGAGAAGGCCUCAUCGACACGGGGUAAAUCCGAGGAGACACAAGUUAAGAAAGGCCGCAAAAAAACCAAAGACGCCAAGGCUGUGGGUAAAAAGAAACGCAUUACCUCCUCGGAUGAUGAGGCCAAUAAUAGUGCCACAGCAGCGGCGGCCACAACCGCUGGCCAGGGUGGUAAAAAGAAAAAGCAGAAGGUAAAUCAAGAAAAAGAAACACGCAAGGGGGGUCAAAAGAAAAAUGUCGACUUGGAUGAUUCAGAAAAAGAAUCCUGUCACACAGCGGCCACACAUCCCAGUGAUGUUCUCGAUAUGCCUGUGGAUCCCAAUGAACCCACCUAUUGUCUGUGCCAUCAAGUCUCCUAUGGUGAAAUGAUUGGCUGUGAUAAUCCAGAUUGUCCCAUUGAAUGGUUUCAUUUUGCAUGUGUCGGCCUGACCAUCAAACCCAAAGGCAAAUGGUUUUGUCCGAAGUGUACACAGGAUCGAAAAAAGAAAUAA